AUGCAUUUCCUCCGAGGUCGCUGCUCCAACCCGGAGUGCCGAUAUGCCCAUAUCCGGUUGAUCCCUGGUGCACCCGUUUGCAGAGAUUUUGCAAAUCUGGGCUACUGCGAAAAAGGCGCUAAUUGCGACCAACGACAUGUACAUGAAUGUCCUGAUUAUGCCAACACGGGUGUAUGCAACAAGAAACGUUGUCGCCUGCCCCAUGUUGAUCGUGCAGGGCAGAUUCGGAAGAAUACUGGUGCUAACAAGGUCGAUGCCACGAAUGACGAUGACUCCGACGCCUCUAGCGAGGAUGAAGAUAACGAUCUUUCGCAACAGCAGGACUUCAUCCACUUCUAA